UCCCGCGGUAGGAGAGCAGGGCGUAGGGGGUUGCCUGGGCAGCCGAAGGGCAGAAGCGGGGCCCUAAGAGUGAGGGCAGCCUUUCCCUUUUUCUCCUUUUUCCCCUGUGCUGCUCCCACAAAACUGUGCCGGGGUGUGCUCUGGGGCUGCUGGCAGGCAUGGCAUACGUGCCAGGCAGCAGGGUCCAGGUGUUUCCUGGGGGGCUGAGAGAGAGGUGCUCGAGUCCAGCCCUGGCAGCAGGCAGUAAUAAGGCAGGUGCAGGAGCACGCCUGGCACUGUUAGCUCUGUAAUCGACUCAAAGCAUUUCUUCAUCCCAGGCUGAGAUGCUGUCAUCUUCUUGCACUUAAAAUGGGCUUUGGUGUCACUCACCUGGCAAAAGAGCGUGCCUCCGUGGAGCUCCUUGUGGAAUUGUCUGUUGUUAAAGACUUUUAGGAAGGAAUUGCAUUUUUCCAGUAUAAUUCAUGUAUUCUGUAAACUUACGCUGUGCAUAACCUUAGCAUUAAUAGAGCUCAGCUGAGCACAUAUUGGUGCACAUACCGGUGCUCAGCUUCCUCUUGUGUUCUAGCUGUAUGUGAAACGUACAAUAAGAACGUCUCUGCUUAGAAAAUGUUGAAAUAGAAACACACAGUUUUAAUGUUUGCCUAUAAAAUGUAAUUAUUUCAAGUUUUACUCUUUUACCUUUAUUAAUCUGUAGAUAAUGAAUGUGGAUUAGAAAGCAUCUGUCCCUACUGCUUCCAGUUCCGGGUUCCUGAUAGCCACCGGGUGCGUCUCAAGCCAAAGAUGAAAGCGACUCCACAGAUUGAGAAAAUUCUUAAACGAGAGGCAAAGAACCAUAAACUUACUAUGAAACAGACAAAGCUUUUAAAAAAGUACAGGGAGUCCAGAAGUGUUCUGCUGGUUACUUGCAACUCAUGCAACAAAACAACAAGACAUUAUGGUAAAAGCAGGGAUUUUCUGGCUACCAAGACACACAAUUCUGGCACUCCAACCCUGAGGACACCAGAUGUAAAAAUUCAGUCUGCAAACAAAGUGACACCUGUAAGCUGGAACGGGUUGGGAUCUAAAGGGAGCAGUCCCGCAUCACUUCCCAGAACACGUGUAUCUGGACAGGCGACAACCAGCUCUGCUUCCAAGACUCCCCGAAACUCCAAAUUUUACUUUUCUAAGCUAAAACGGAUGCUUAACUUAGAAGAAAGAGAGAAAAGCCAGAAGGCAGAUUUGAAAACCUUCUUGACUUUACUUUAGCUAUACAUUAUUUCAAAGUAAUAAAGAUUACAGCAAUAAGUAUUGUUCCAGUUGUAGUAAAUCGACAAAGUGAUUUCUUUAAAACUCAAGCUAACACCAUGUACCCUGCGAAAGCGUAGACUGUAUUUUUCAGAAGGAAGCUCUGUUGCUAAGGGGACUGACUGUCUGCAAGAGGGAGAUGAGAAAAUAGCCGGUCUGACGUGCCUGGGAACCUUGAACGUGGUGUGCAGUCUCUAAUGGCCCAAGGACUAAAAGCCAGGAUCUGUCCUUUGAGGAAGCUGACAACACUGGUUCCAUCAGUGGGUCCAGCAGGACCAACAGAUACAUUGGCAGACCUGAAAGCAGUUUGGGGGUAGGUUUGUUCCACCUCACUCUCCCAACUAUUUUUAAGAUAAAGCAUCGCAACAGAAUUUAACAGAAAGAUCUCGUGCCUGCUUUGCAUGUUUGAGUAAACAAAGACAUUUCCUGCAGGUACGAUACUUGCUAAUGUAGUGUCCUGUAGUGUCGCUGUCUUUUGAUACCUGUGGUAAUUUAAGCACAGCCUUUAACACAGCCUUUACAAAGGUUCCAAAGUAACUUACUCUUUAGGCAGCGCUCGUAAGCAAAGCAAGAGGAAGCAAUGCAUCACCAGAUUAGGUUUCUUCAUUUUCUUAAGUAUGUUGUCUGUGAUUUGGACUGCAGCCGAUGCUGG